AUGCGUGCAAUCACCCGCAUGAGCAGGUGGAUUGAUACCAGAUGGCCUCGGCACCUGACUCUUGAGCAACGAGCGUCAAUUCGUGAACAUCCAGAGUAUGUCGAAGUGAUCCGGCGAUUGGAUAAGCAAGCCGAAAUCUACAUCUAUGAUCCGAGUGAGCAAAUGCAAUUGCGACGUGACAAACUCACACGCAAAAAGCUCAACACUUUUGUUCUGUUAGAGAGGGCAUUGAGAAAGAAAGUUCGAAAGGAGUUUGAUCGGAAACAGGCGAACAUAGACAUUGAGCGACAGCUCUCCGGAGCGGCUAUCAACCACGAGGAAGCGAAAAACGUGUUGCGAACAGACAGCAUGCUACCAGAUCAGACUAAUAUUUUCCAAAAAUUGUUGAUAUGGCCAACUUCCCAUUCAUUGGAAGCAGAGUGGCAGAGACGAAAUGCCGCUGUCGCUGCUAUCUCGCAAUUUUGCUGUCACCUCGAAGGCGGGCCACUGCGUGGACGACGUAAGCGGCCGGCUCCAAUCGAUGAACCCGACGAAGAGCACACAGCAAUGGAAGAGCGAACAACAAAAAUAGCCUCGAUUUCUCCUAAAAUUUCAAAGGAACAAUUGCUUCUGGAGAAGGCGGGAAGCUAUAUCCGGAAGGCCAAAAAACCUCGACGAUGCUUUCAAUGUUACGACAAUAACCUGCUGUCCGUUCAUCGUCGAACACACAAGUACAGCGAACACAAAUCAACUUUACGACACUUUCGAGAAAAGCACUUGGAGGAUCGGAGAUGUCAUGUGUAA